UCGCGCCUUAGGAACCAACGGCCGUGAAACGGUCACGUGCAUAAAUUACGCGAUCUGAACCGUCUAUGUCAGGUUACUCGGGCAGCUGGAAACGGGUCACGUCAUCAAACAGAUCUAGACCGUGAAAUCUCAAAUCAACGGCGGGGAUAACACUUGGGCAGAUUUCAAUGUCCUUUAAGAAGAGAUGGUUCCUCACCAUCUUGUUCCUCGUUCUGCUCUCAAAACAAAAAUCCAUCACUAUCUAUCUUCCUCUUCUUUGUCCGAUCGACGGAAUUUGUUUUCCGCCGGCGUUAAUUUCUUGCUCCCCCUUUUUUAUUUGUUCUACAAGGGUCAGACAUUUUAUCUGACUCCGGCGGAGAGAGAAGGGAUUCCCUGAGAUGAUCUUGUGCCCUUCGAUUCAUGUAUGGCACCGGCGGUUUUGGCUAACCUCGUAAACGAACCGUCGUUUCAGGGACAAUGUGGCGGCGCUUUUAUAAGAAAACACACUAACCAACCACUCUCCGAUGACUUUCAUUAUCCUCUUUUCAACCCUAACCCUAAUCCAAUCUCGAGCAAGCAGUUUAAUGAUUCGUUACCUUUUAGAGACUAUGUGUCCUUUGAUCUUGAUGGAUACACCGCGAAUCAGCUCAGGGAGCUGAAGAAACGCCUCAAUUUGGAGCUCGAGCAAGUUCGGUUCCUGAGAGAACGGAUUGAAUCGGGUACGUUCGUGUAUACGACUCCGGCUCUUAGCUUCGCCGAUGAAACGAAUGAAUUUGGUGUGAAGAAGACGGAGGAAAAGAAGAAAACUGGGCAUGGUCAGAAGCGAAGCAAUCCGUUUGCUGCGAACGAGCCUGGCCUUAAGCGUCUGAUGGUCUUUGAUCCUGCGUCAGAGAAGGUGCUGAAGAGUAUGAUGUCGACGUGUGGUCAGAUCCUGGUGAAGCUGAUGAAGCACAAGUUUUCAUGGGUUUUCAACAUCCCUGUUGAUGUGUUAGGAUUAGGGCUUUAUGAUUACCACCUGAUCGUGAAGAAACCUAUGGAUCUGGGCACGGUGAAGUUGAAUCUUCAAAAGGGUUUUUACAGAUCGCCGAUUGAUUUCGCCUCCGAUGUUAGGUUGACCUUCACCAACGCGAUGGCGUAUAACCCAAAGGAACAAGACGUUCAUCAAAUGGCCGAGAAGCUUCUGUGUCAGUUUGACGUUUGGUUCAAGCCUACAUUGGAGAGAUUCGAGGCUCAGCAGCUGAAAGUCAUGGGAUCAUCUUCUUCUCGUCCUCAACCUGAGCUCAAACAAAGAGUGUGGCAUCAGAAUCAGAUGGCGGAGAAUGCGAGGAAAGGGCCCGAGCAGAUUUCUAUAGCUAAAAAGCUAGAUUCAGUGAAGCCACUACCUACAUUGCCUCCUCCAGUAAUGGAGCUGCCCACACGUGUCCCAUCUCCUCUUCAGUCACCGGCUCAGGCACCACCACCACCUCUCCAGCCGGUUGACCAAGUAGAGACACCUCUUGAAGUGGGUGAAACGACUAAGGGAAGGAAAGGGAAGCUACCAAAGCCCAAGGCCAAGGAUUCAAACAAGCGGCGAAUGACAAUGGACGAAAAGGCAAAGCUUGGCGUAAAUCUACAGGAGUUGCCUCCUGAGAAGCUUGGACAGUUGAUUCAGAUUCUUAAGAAGAGAACAACACAUUUACCUCAAGACGGGGACGAAAUUGAGUUAGAUAUGGAAGUUUUGGACAACGAGACUCUAUGGGAGCUUGAUCGUUUUGUCACAAACUACAAAAAGAUGGCAAGCAAGAUCAAGCGUCAGGGGUUUAUCCAGAAUCCCCCAGAAAACAUGCAUCCGGUGUCAGAAAUGGCAAGUGCUGAGAAGAAAGGGAGAAAAGGAGGGGAUGCAGGAGAAGAAGAUGUAGACAUUGGAGAAGAUAUACCAAUUGAGGAUUAUCCAUCAGUGGAGAUUGAAAGGGAUGCUACAGCCGCCGCUGCUGCUAGUGGUGGGUCUAGUUCUUCAGGCAGCUCCAGUUCCAGUGGCAGUUCUUCGUCUAGUGAUUCAGAGGCAGGGAGUUCAUCUGGAAGUGAUUCGGAUGCUGAUAACGUGCAGUCGCCAUUUGUGGAAGCAAAAGAAGCAUAACAACCCCUGGAGAGUAGAAUUGGAGGAUCUGGGACGGAGGUAGUUUGGUGUAAAGGGAAAAGUCUAAUGAAGAAAAGAUUUUGAAUGUUCGGAAACAGUAGAUAGAGAGAGAGAAGAAUGUAAAUGGUAGUUAGAGAUUCUUAGGUUGAGAAAGAAGUGGGAGAGACUUUCUUUUUCUCUUUUAAAUUAAGGUUCGGUAGUUCUUUAAGAUGGUUGGUGACAAGAUGAACAGAGGUUGAGAGUGACCUAGUAAAGAUGAAGAGGAUCAUUUGGUAGGUUUGUUCUUGUUUGUAUCUUUGUUCUUAUUGGGGAAGAAAAACAUAUAUCUCAUUUGUCGUGAGUUGAGAUCUGUACAAAGAAUGAAGAAGGAAUCUCUACUCGAAUUAUAAAGCAUAACUAGAAUACCAUUUU